CUGGAGAUCUUAAGAGCAAUUCCUUUCCAUUGCAAAGAGCGUGCUGCUGGUGGUGCUUGUUUAUUUCCCUGAAAAACAGCCAGCCCCCGAAAACUCCUCGGCCAAAAGAGACAAAAACAAGCCCCCACCCGCCCAACAAACUGGGGCGCGCUCUUUCUCUUUCGAUGGAAAGGGAAAGCCGCCUCCUCCCCCGCGCUGGGCGCCUUUCAGCCAUUGUCCUCCACGUUCCACGGUGACGCUUGCCUGGGGAUGCUCCGCGCAGCUGGAACGUGAGAGUGGCCGGGCGGGGAAAGAAGCGGGCUGCUGAUUCUGGAGAAGGGUUAUUAGGCUGAGCAAGCGCCACCGGGGCGACGCUUUGCUGCCUCCGCCGCCAUCGAGGGCGGACUCAGCUGGGGAGCUCCAGGGCAGCCAGCAGCACUAGGGGAGAGGCAGGCCGCCUGGUUCCCUGGGCGCGAUGGCGCCGCCCUGCCUGGGCUACUCCGCAGGGGCGCAGGGGAGCGCGUUUCCCGGGAGUGCCUCCCCUGGUGACGCCCGGCAGGCAGCGAGAGAGGCUGGCCGCCCAGGCUUCUGGAAGAGCCAGAGACCCAGGUAAAGAGAGCACCGAGAGGGUGGAGGGGGGGUCCUCACUUUGGGGAGGGGGAGGGGUGUGUGUGUGUGUGAUGUCGUCGGAGUAUGACAAAAUCUGCGUCUCUUGACAGUCCUGGGGAGCUUUGCUCCUCUGUGUUUGUGUGUUUGCGUGUUGCUGGGCUUCCUGCUCGGACGCUGCCUCGCCCCUGUGGGCUACUGAGCUGCCAGGAGGCCUGGCCUGCUCGUUGGCUGCCUGGGGGCUGGGAGAGAGAGCCCUCUGUGGGGUAUUCUUCCCUCCUGGCUGGUGGAGAGGGAGUGCUUUCUGGAAGGCAUCCGCGCCUGUUUGGUUUCCCCAAAUCUGAGUCCCACCGUGACGCUUCUAUCUUGGCUGAUCGUGCCGAGACUUGCCUUCCCAUCGUAGUGGGGUCAUCAUCCACCCUCCCCUCCUACCCCCUUGGGAUAGGGUCUGGGGCUGCCGCAUGGCAACGUCCCCGCUUUGGGGGAUUCUCACCGCUGCGAUAUAAAGUGUGCGGGAAUACAGUAUGUGUGUGCUUAGGCGGAGCAGCGGCCCUGCGCAACAGUUGCUUGGAAGAAAAGCCUCCAUUCCAAUGAAACUUGAGAGGUUUAAAGAGUGGGGGCGUUCCUUGCAGAUGCUGUGAACCUGCUUGCAACAGGACAACGUAGUGAGGUAGGUUGCUGUUACUCCUGUUCCUUCAGCUGGAGGAACAGAGAGAGAGAGAGAGAGAGAGAGAGAGAGAUUGCGGGGAGGGAUCAUAGCUCAGGACUAGAGUACAUGAAUUGCAUGCACAAUGUCCCUUGUUCAGUCCUAGAUGUCUCCAGUUAUCAGGAUCAGAUAGCAAGUGAUGGAGAAGACCUCUGCCUUAGGUUCUGGACAAAUAUACUAGCUAGUAUUAGGCAACUUCCUAGGUUUCUAGAGAGUGCUGUCCAACAUGCUAUUGGCUAUUGUUAUUGGGACUACUAAAUUAGGGCUGUGCUCCUACUCUUGUUUAUGGUGUGCACUUACUGUGUUUGCAGUGCUGAGUUUUUAAUCUGUUUUCAGGCAACAUUCUCCAAAAUGCAUAUAUGUACUUUGUUGCAAGAUGCUACUGUUUGAUGCUUGUUGUUCUUCAAACUCCUUAAGCCACCAGUUCCUUAUUCUCUGUAGCCAAGGUGUGAACACUGUUACAUACGGGGAAAGACAUCCACACCCACUUCCACACUUCCUGGGUGUGUACACAAACAGAAAUGAAUUUGCUGAUGUGAGCAGAAGAAGGGUGGGGAAGUGUGAAGCACACCAAAGCAGCAGCAACUUGACUGCACCCUAGGAUUUGAGUUCUGGUCUUACAGAUCCAAGUCCGAAAUCUUCUGUCUCUGUUGGGCUUGCUUAAUGGCAGACAUAGAUCUUCCCAAUGGGCAGCUGCUAGAGCUUGGGGAGGAAGUCGGCCGGGGGGGGGGAAUAUCGGGGGCAGAGCAGCACUGGAAAUUGUCUUUUUAUGAUCAGCACAUGGGUUCCAAACUAACUCCAAGCUCCAGGAGAUACUUGAGCAGGUUGGACUCCUCCUACCCCUUUGAAGGUUGUGUGGUCAACAGAUGAAAUGCUUUCAGAAUGUGGAUGUUGCGAUGGCAAACAUCACCUGCUGAAUUUCCUUCUGUCCUGCGGCUGUUAAAGGCACAGGGGCCCUGUCACAGAAACAGCUGGCGCACCUGCACCCUGCUCCCUGUCCUGUUCCAUUUUAGCAUUCUUGCUUUCUAAAACCCUGUUUCUUCUUAUCACCUGGCAAAAGUGCUUCAGAUUCUUUCAAUGCUAGUGUUUUCAAAAAGCCUUGGCUGUCCUCCGUGCUGUUUGAGGAAACAACACAGAGGAGGAGACAAAAAUGAACUUGGUGAGGGGCUUUUGCAGAUUUAAACUUGAACUAUGUGGUGUUUGGUUAUUCAGUAAUCCCUAGCCUUGUUAAUAGUGAAAUUUUUAUUUUACUUUUAUUUAUUUGAUUUAUAUAGUACCCUUCAUUUGAAGAUCACAGUACACCAAUAAUACAUGCUUUAGUACAAUUUUAUUAAAGAGAUGUUAAUUCUGCCGCUAAAACAACUGCAGAAGUAAUAAAUGAAUUAAUUGAAAAACAUUCUGAUAACUUUACCUUCAGAAUUUUCUCACUGGAAAGGAACCAAAAGAUGAUUCACCCUGAAGGCUUGAAAAUCUGCGACUUCUUUGCUUGGAUUUUUGGCUGGUAGAAUCAGGACUGAAGGGAAAACCCCAGAUGCCUAAACUUCCUGAAGUAGAAAUAUUUUCCCCAACCCGAGCAACAGUUUGAUUCUGUCAUCUUGGCAAACAGCGUAGCCAAUAUCUCCUGUGCAAAAAGUAUUUUGAUCAGUCUAUUUUUGUUGUUGUUGUUGUUUUAAAAAUGAGGUGUUUGUGUUAUUCACAUAUUGAUAAAAGUGCUGUGGGUGCCAGCACAGCACAAAAUGGCUGUCAUGGGGAGCAAAGAGAGAGAGAGAGAGAGGUGCUGCUCCUCUGUACUAGUGAAAACUGUCAUAAAAAGACCUGGUUCCGAUACUCUUGAGACAACCCAAUCCUGUGUGCACUUAUUCAAAAGCAAGCCCCACUGAAUUCAGCAGUGUUUACCCACAAAUUAUGCGUAACACCAUGGCUUAUGGCAGGUCUGCAGGAUGCUGAGAAUAUUGGCUGGGCUGAAUGGAAUGUUUCCAUGAACGUCUCGUCUAGACCUUGAGGAAACUGAUAGCCUAGGUGUGGGGAACCCGUAGCCCUUCAGAUAUUUUAGACUCCAACUCCCAUCAGCUCUGGCCAGUGUGGCCAAUGGUCAGGGAUGAUGGGAGUUGUAGUCCAGCAUCAUCUGGAGAGACCCAGUUCCCUGACCCCUGUGAUAAUGGAUUAGUCUGCAAUCCUAACCCUACUUGUCUGGGAGCAACCUCACUGAAUUCAACAGGACUUACUUCUGAAUGGACAUGGUUAGGAUUGCACUGUUAUUCCAGUAGUCCCAGAAUUCCUUGUAAUUAGUUAAAAUGAAUGUCAACAAGAUGAGGUGCGACUGCUUGCAAUUCAUUUUUAUUUUUUUUAGUGAUUUUACAUCCCAUGCUGCUGAGAAUCCUGGGGCAUAUUCCCAACUUAAGUACUUACAGCACAGGAAAUUUGUGAUCCUUGGUAUACAUGCAUGGAUGUACUGCAGAGGGAAGGUGAAAUAAUAGUUAAAAUUCCACGGUCUUCCUUUCUGGCCAUGCAGGUGAUAACUCUCGUACAGCAGGCUUGUGCUGGUGUUGCUUUGACAGGGUUGGUGGGUCAAACCUACAAGGGGGCUGUCCUGCCUGCCUGUUGGCAGCUGUGAUUAUACCAGGAGGCAGCAUGCUGGGCUUGUCUGUAUUCAUUUGCAUCGGUCCUUCUGAGUAAUGCAGCUGGAUUGCUGAGCCUGUUGCUUCUUGAGAGCCAGUGUGGGCGUGUGCAGAAAACAGGAGAAAUGGAAACGACAAACCCCUGGGAUUCGCAGCCAACAACAUCCCCCACCACAGCAGAAAAUGAAAAUAGCUGUGUGCUGAGGCUAGCUUAAUGGGGAAGGGCGAUCCUGAAGGUUUUGCACCAGCUGCAGGGCGUUCUGUUGCUUGGGGACUGAAGAGCAUUAAUGAGGAGGGCCGAUUGAUCUCCACUCGCAUAGGCAAUUAUAACCUUAUUUCGCCUUACAGCUGCAGGCGGAUCAGCUAAUAGGAGGGCUGCCUGUGGAAAGUGUGAGGUUGACUUGGCUCUGCUGCUUCCUUGAAAUGUGGAGGGUUUGGGAGGGGGCGUUGUUGAAUUCAGCAAAGGUUGUGGAAUCUCUUGUUAUGCUGAAGUUUCUGCCUUCUCUCUUCUCUCUCUCUCCAGACCUGCUCCCCAAGGGGCUAUGUAAACACACAGAACUCCUCCUUGGUUUCCAGCCGAGCGAGCAAUAUGCCCGAACAAAGCAAUGAUUACCGAGUGGUCGUGUUUGGAGCUGCAGGUGUUGGCAAGAGUUCUCUGGUUCUCCGCUUUGUGAGGGGAACCUUCCGGGAGACGUACAUUCCCACCGUCGAGGACACCUACCGCCAGGUGAUCAGCUGCGACAAGAGCAUCUGCACCCUUCAGAUCACAGAUACCACCGGGAGCCACCAGUUCCCUGCCAUGCAGAGACUGUCCAUCUCCAAAGGCCAUGCCUUCAUGUUGGUCUACUCCGUGACCAGCCGGCAGUCCAUCGAAGAGCUUCAGCCCAUCUACGAGCAGAUCUGCCAGAUCAAAGGAGACAUCCAGAAGGUCCCGAUCAUGUUGGUGGGGAACAAGAGCGAUGACUCGCAGAGGGAAGUGCAGGCCAGUGAAGGGGAGGUCCUCGCCACCAAGUGGAAGUGCUCCUUCAUGGAGACGUCGGCCAAAAUGAACUACAACGUGCAGGAGCUUUUCCAGGAGCUCUUGAAUUUGGAGAAGAGGAGAAGCGUCAGCCUCCAGGUGGACGGUAAGAAAUCCAAGCAGCAGCGCAAGAAGGAUAAACUGAAAGGCAAAUGCUCAGUCAUGUGAGAUGCCUGGGUUCUGCGCCGCCUUUGCGGUUGAAACAGGACUUCUUCUUGCAUUGAAAACUGUCUUGCCUGUCCUGGGGUGUGCCUGGAGUAGCGAUUUCCCGAGGAGCUGACCCAGUAUGUUUUUGCUUUAUAGUCUAAAUUUCGUUUAGGCUGUUUGAAUAUUCCCUUGAUGGAAGUUGGGGUUUGCAUGUUUGUUCUGCACUAGCAGGCUUUUCCAAAACAGCCGCCGUCGCUCUCCAUGCCCUCCUGUCCCUGCAGCAACCAGUAUUAGCCAUUUAUGUGACAGGACAAGCUGCUAGGGUCACGUGCGUUGAGGAAAAGCAACAGAGGGUACUCUUGUCCUGCAUUUUGCCACUGCUUCUGAAACCAUCUCCAAGUUAUCAUAGCCUCUCCCCUCCUGCCCUUAUGCAAAUGCUCAAGGAACCAAGCAAUUCUCAGUAGGGCUCCGGUCAGUAAGCCAGAAACAAACAAAAACAGUACUGUGUCUGAUGUUUUGUAUAUACUUCAAGGGGAUCUCUUCAGAUGGAUGCAUCACCAGGGUAAAAUCAAAUGCUGAUUGCGGUAAAUGAUGACUUUUGAUCAUUUACCGUAGAAUCUGCACACUUGUAGGGAAGGAGGAGCUGCAUUCCUCACCAAAAAAGUGCUUGUUGUUUCCUAUUACAUGUUAAAACUUCAUUUGUGGUGUUUGUAUAUUGGCAAGGAUUUUAUGUGAACGAUUAAAGUGAUUUGAGUACCUAGUGUGCAUCUGUUGACUUCUUAACCAUAAGCAGAUCCAAGGUUGUCUUCCCCUAAAAGAUAGAAUCUGUGGUCAAAAAUACUCACUGUGCUUUUCAAAUUGAGGAUGGCCAAGAGGUGAACUUUGGUGUACUUUGGGCAGGGAUGGGGAAAGUGUGUUCCUCUAGGCAUGGACUCCAACUCUCAACAGCC